ACCAGGUCUUGUCUGAUUUCCUGCAUUGAUCGCCGCCGCGCGCAGCUGGAGACCUGCGAUUCCCUUCAGAAAGGAUAGUUUGCAGCUCACUCUGCUGGGUAGAUCGAUACUGGGUGUGCAGACAGAAAAGAUCCGAAACACAGAAGGCACGCCACUUUAAAAAGUUUUUAAAAAUGCAGUUAUACUUGCGUCUUUAUGAAAACAUAUAGACGCAAUUAUAUGUAUGCAUUCAAAAAUACAAGUAAUCGUGCCCUGAUUGCAAAGGAGCUCUUUCUGGUGGUGAUGGAAAUAUUUCCUAUCUUGUUUGAGGGUGGAAGUGACACAGAUGAACUGAAUUGUCAAAACUCGUAGAAACUACACUGAGGAUCUGUGCAUUGGUUGUACCGUGUAUGAAUGGUACAAUUUAAAAAAUCAGAACAUAAUUCUGCACGCAUUUGAAAAGUUACUAAGUGUCAUUGCAUAGUGCAUGUGUAAAAGCAGCUGCAGGUAUGUAUUUUAGCAACUAAGCGCAACUCUGUGUGGUGACAUAUUUAUGCAAGCUUCGAGUAGCCAGUAAAAGGAGCGAAAAGGCGGCUGAUGUCAUUUGGGGCGGGGCCUAAGUCCUAAGAAAAGUCCGUGGGACCCGAGCAGCAGCCGCCGCCUGACGCAGACUCAUCAUGAGCGGCCGCAACACCUCUGAGCUCCAGAUUCUUUGUAGCUCGGGCCAGCUGUUCCUGCAGCCCCUCUGGGACCGCCUGAGGACCCGGGAGGCGCUCACCCAGUCGCCCUUCUUCCCGGCCAUCUUUUCCAUCACCACCUACUUGGGCUUCUGCCUGCCCUUCGUGGUGCUGGACCUCCUGUGCCCCUGGGUGCCCGCGCUGCGGCGCUACAAAAUCCACUCCAACUUCUGGCCCACGGCGCGGCAGCUGCUGCCCUGCCUGGGGCAGACGCUCUACCAGCACCUGGUGUUCGUGGUCCCGGUGACACUGCUGCACUGGGCCCGCGGCCCAGCCCUCCUGCCCGCUGAAGCCCCGGAGCUGCGCCAGCUGGUGUGCCACGUCGUGUGCUGCCUGUUGCUCUUCGAUGCCGAGUUCUUCUUGUGGCACGUGCUGCACCACAAGGUGCCCUGGCUGUACCGGACCUUCCACAAGAAGCACCACGAGAACUCGCCCUCGUUCGCGCUGGCCACGCAGUACAUGGGCGUCUGGGAGCUGUUUUCCUUGGGCUUCUUUGACAUGCUGAACGUCAUACUGCUGGAGUGCCACCCGCUCACCGUCCUGGUCUUCCACGUGUUCAACAUUUGGCUGUCGGUGGAGGAUCACUCGGGCUAUGACUUCCCCUGGUCCACGCACAGACUGGUACCUUUCGGGUGGUAUGGGGGCGUGGCCCACCAUGACUUGCAUCACUCUCAGUUUAACUGCAACUUCGCCCCUUAUUUCACACACUGGGACAAAAUGUUGGGAACUCUGCGGUCUGCUCAAGCCAAGUAACACACACCCCUGCCCGUGUGGUGGUGUGGCUGCCGUGGGCAGUGGGUGCUGCUCACACUCAGGACUGUUGUGCGUUUCACACUUGAAUCAGGAGAAACACACCAGAGCUUUUUUUUUUUGUUUUAUUUUUUUUAGUAAGUAAUUUAUUACCUAAUGGAAAUUUAUAAAAUUUGAUGUAUUUUUGCAACCUGAUAAACUAAUUUAUAUAAUGUGUGUAUUUUUGGUGUCAGAUUCUAGCUCACUUCUGUAGCCUUGAUUCCUGGAUAUAGACACUCACAACGGGUGUAUUUAAGUCAUCUCUAGAAGGUUUUGUCUGUAGGACAAGGAAUUUCCUAAAAUGACAUAUUUUUAAUGGAGAAUCUGAUCUCUGACUCUAUAAACAAUGAAGCAUGUUCCCGCUGGACAGUAACUAAGAUUAUUGUAUAUUUUCUAUUUUUUCAUAGAACUGUAUAUUUAUAUUGACAGAAAUGUGAUUAGUACUUAAAAAACAAACAACUUAAACAAGUACUGGCUUCUGUUUCACUGGCAUUUUGCCUGCAAAAAACUAAAAUGCGAAGAGGGAGCUGGGAUAGCAGGUAUCAUUCAGAGCCUCCAUCAGCCUUACCAUGAAAAGAGACAAAUCUGGAGUUGGUGUUUUGGGAUAGGGGUGGAGGAAUAGCAGGAGAGAAGUAGGCAGGAGAAGGGGUGUAUUGAUAGCUUUGGUCUAGAGAUUUCACAAAGGAAAAAACACUAUUCUGUAUGUAUUUCAGCUGAUUUCGGCAUAACAGGCAAUUGAAAGAAUUGCUCUGCAAAGUUUUAGAGAGAUUAACACUGAGCAACUAUUUGAUUAUUUGUGGGGAGGAUGGUGUUAGGGGAUGAAUAGAAUUUAUGGAGUACCUUGCUUUGUAAAACUGGUGAGUCAAGUAUGUGUGUUUCUGAGUAUUGUCCCCCUUUCAAUUAAGCCAUUUAGUAUAAAUGGCCCCCAUACACAUCUCCUCUAUAAUCUGGGAGUUUUGUCUAUUCACUUUUCUUAAGCAAGACAAACAUGUAAACUGCAUAUCCCUUUCUCAAAGAAGAAAAGUAAAACGUGACCCUAGACCCGUGGUUCCUCAUCUAUAAAAGGAGAUUGCAUCUUAGAUGUUCUUAAAGAUUACUUGUGACAGUAAAUGUCCCUAGUACUGACUGCACACCUGUCACCCAUCACGUACCCCAUCCAGUGGCUGCCUAAUUGUCUUAGUUUUAUCUUUGUAACCAAGUUAGAUAGGGUGAAAUUAAAAAUUAAGACAAUUUAGACAGAAAGUAUAAAGAAUGGCAGCUUUGUAUGUAAUUCUAGGCUCAUUAUACACGAAUCACACUAUCUUGUUUAAAAGUGAAAAACCCAUCUAAAGACCUGGUCU